AUGAACAAGGCGCAAUGUCAAUGCAGCCUCUGUCUGUCCCGGGACCUCGUGACUGAGUUGUCCCAGCUGCUGGAUCGGGCCCUGAGAGCGGAGGAAGUGGGGGCCCAUCUCCUUCUGGUGUCUGAGAAGGGGACAGCGGUGUGGAACCUCAAUGUGUUUGGCUUCUUCCAGGGAGCCACUGGGGAUCUGUGUGGGAUCUCUCAGUCACCCACCCACAAAUGGAUCAGUGCCAUCUGUACAAGAUCUCAGCCCACGCAGAAGGAUUCAGGAAUAUCGCUGUCUUCCCCCAGUGAAUUCCGAGUGAGUGGCCCAAGCCAUCCUGUGGUAGCCAUUGUGGGGGAAGAUGCUGUCCUGGAGUGUUACCUUGUGCCGCAGGUAUUUGUCAACAACAUGGUGGUGCGCUGGUUUAAAUCAGACAUUCGGUUACCAGUUCACGCAUACAGAAACGGUCAAGACGACACCGCUGCUCAACAUCAGGCAUACAGGAAAAGGACUGAACUGUUUCAAGGUGAAGUAUCCCAAGGCAAAUCUAUCCUUUUAUGGUCCCUUAUCAGCCCAACCCCUCCUCUUACUGUCUCUCAGAGAUGUUUAAACGAGUGUUUAUUGAUUGUUGUAGCACUGGGCCAUGAGCACUGGAUCCAGAUCGAUGGAUACCGUAAAAAUGGAAUUCAGCUUAUGUGUGAAUCUAAUGGAUGGUUCCCACAGCCACAGAUAUCAUGGACUGGUGGGAAUGGCCAGAACCUAACAGCACAGUCUGAAAUAAACUACCGACGUGACUCGAAUGGCCUUGUCAAUGUCCAGAGCAGUGUAGCUGUAACAAAAGAUGCAACAAAUAGCUUCAAGUGUCUCAUACAGAACAAGCUGUUGAAAGAAGAACAAGAAGCAGCAAUCCAGAUAGCAGGUCGGUUCAUGAUAAAAUACAGUCUCAUUUUCAAAAUAAACACUCUGUUCACAAACUCCAUAAAAACAACUUACACAGCAGUUAGAACUUAA